UUUCUCUCUCUCUCAAUCUAACACUCUCUCACCUAUAAGUAAUUUAGUUCAAUAAUUGACGUCUACAAACUCUCUCUUUACACGUCCAUCUAUGAUUAGUAAACAUAAGAUAGCUGACUUCUGUGGUGGUGACAGUUGGGCCCUCCCACAGAAUUGGGUAUCCAUCAACCUUCAAGGUCAUCGCGCAUGGUCGUGUCCAUGAUAUCUCGUUGAGAAUCUUCCAUCCUCUCAUCCAUCCCUUUUCGUUUGAUACUCCUCCCCCGCCUUUGCCAGAUUACCGUGCGUUUAGUUUAGCUCUAUCAUUCGGCGACAUUUGUAGCAUGGAUAAUUGCUUCAUCGAAUAUCCAACUGGAUUUGGGUCAGAGGACAUCGUCGCUUGGGGAAACACUGGCAUGGUCUGCCUUGACGCUGCGUCGCAGACUGUCAUUAAGACUCCACAUGAUGAGACACAUGCCAAUUCCCUCCAAGUCGAAAGACGCAUCUACGAGCGAUUCCAAGAACGUGGCAACCAUGACGGACUCUUACGAUAUCACGGGCCUUUUGACAAAUUUGGCAUUCGCCUAGAGUACGCGCCUGAGUUCAAUCUCGGCUUGACCCUUUCUAAACGCACGGACAUUGACCAUGCUCAAAGACUCCGUUGGGUGCAGCAAAUCACAGAUGCAGUCGCUUUUAUACACUCUGUUCAGGUUAUUCAUGGUGAUCUAACUUGUAGUAAUGUUUUUUUGACAAAGCAACUUGAUGCUAAGCUGGGAGACUUCGGAGGCUCUUCACUCGACGGGUCAGAUCUACUGGUCGCAGUAACCGAAAGCCACCGUUACCCUGGAGUGUUACUCUCAACGCAGGCCGACAUAUUUGCUCUUGGUUCCGUAAUGUAUCACAUUAUGACUGGAAAUGCACCAUAUCAUAGCUGUUCUGACUAUGAGAUUGAUGAUCGUUUCCAAAGGGGCGAGUUCCCUAACACUACCUCCCUUGGGCUGGUUGGGCAAGUCAUCACGAAGUGCUGGCAAGCAAAGUACGACAAUGCAGAGGACGUACACAAUGAUAUAAAACGCAAUAGUACUCUCAAGCUUAAACUAGGUUCACUAUAACGAUGAGACCAUAG